GAAAUUUAUAGAGUUAUGUUUCUGGCGAAGCCGAUUGGAGGUAAACUACAAUUUUUCGUGCUAUUUACAAACGUUUUUUGUGGAAAAAAUUUGGGCUCGUAUGCCAUAAAAUAGUAACCAAAACAAAGUAUAAAUUGAAAUAAUAACGAUUUUAUAAAGAUUGUUCAUGGGCGUUUAUUAUAAAAGUGUAAAAAACCGUGUGGAAAACUAAAAUUGACAACAAAAUUAAUGUUUAAGGUUUACAUACUGCUAGAGAGUUUAUUUGUAGUCCAAUGGAAGAAAUAUCAAGUUUAGAUUCAUUUCACACUGACGCUGAGUCAAACGCACGUCCUGAGUCGGAGCCACCCAAGUUGGACGAAGACACAUCGCAAACAUCAAUGGACAAAGCGGUCGAUGGCGAUGCCACUAAAGAUACCGAAGAUGGUAAUAAUGAUGAAGAUUUCGAGCAAAUUUCAGAGGGGUCAUUUGAGGUAGAUGAAAAUUCAAAUGGCACUUCUUCGGGACCACCCAAAGAUGAUGGAAGUAACACACAAGAUAAGGUGGCAAGUGGUGAAGGUGAUCGAGGUGAGGGAGAUGGCAAAGAAGCAGAUUUGGCCGAAACUAAAACACAGGAUUCCGCAGAUUUCGAAGAAGUCGAUGCGAAUGUGUCUGGCGGUGGCCACAACGCAGCCGCCGAAGAAUCAGAUAUGUUAGGGGAGUCUGAUAUGACUUUGCCGACAGCUACUGAGAAAGUGGAGGGCGAACCAGUUGACAAGUCAGUCGAAUCCAUGGAAGUGGAUAAUCAAGUUAAUGCUGGUGCAUUGGGUGAAGGAGAAGCGGAACCUGAUACAGAGGCCCAAACAUCCGUAAGCAAUUCGCCUUCUAACAAUGUGGCAACACAUCCUAUUACAGAAUGUGAUAAUGAUGAUAAGGUUGCUGAGCAAAAUGAUAUCAGUAUGGAAGCGUUGGAAGAUGUUGAAGCUGUUGAUGAUGGUAAAACCGAUAUAGGCGGAAAGGAAGAUAUGGCAAAUAAUGAAGGAACUGGCGCCGGCAAUGCUGGCGAUGAUGAUGGAAACGAGCAAAAUACGGCUGAGGACGAAUCCGAGCCAGCGGAAAAAGGCACUGAAACAAUGGCGGGCCAAGAGGCUGAAGCCGAACCAGAACGGGAAGAUGAACCAGUUGAAAAUGUUCAAGAGCCAGAAGAUUCGGAUAUAUGUCUUAUACCAGAUGAUCCCGAAAGCGAAGUGACUGAAGCAGAAAAAGAACAAGCCAUACUGGCGCGAGAGAAUGCCGAAAAAGAGGAUGCAGAGGCAGAAGCGGAGACAGAUAAGGAUGAAACAAGCGAAAAGGAUACUCCAGAUGUCGGCAUAGGAGAUGCUGAAAUAGCCGAAGCCGAAGCUCAAGCUUACUCAGCUGGAGCUGGUGCUGAAGCAGCUGACGCUGGUAGUGGCAGCAGCGAAGAAACACAACAAAACACUGUAGAAGAAGCAGUAGAUGCACCCGAUGCUGAUGAACCGUUAUUGGAGGAAAUGCAAACCAGUACAACUGAAACUGGUUCAACACCGAAAAUUAUUAUCGCUUGGAUACUUUCAUCUACCCAGAAAUGUAUACAGUGUGAAAACGAAAAAACCUGUGGUUUUCGAUAUAAGAACCCUGAAAGUGGAAAUUUAGAAUAUUUGUGCGAGCAAACGUGCUGUGAUGCUCUGUUGUCCGCUAAUCCUGGCAAGUAUUUCAUUCGCCGAAAAAAAUUCCUUAUUGAGGAACUAAGUAAUGAACCAAAAGAUAAAGAUGUAGCAGAAAAGGGCAAUGAUGGUAGUGUUCCAGGUGACACGGGUAAAUCUACAGAGGCAGAAAAAGAAGCAAACAUGUAUUCAUGCUUGCAAUGUAAGGAAGUGAAAGUAUGUAAAUACUUCUUUCGCCAGGAUGAUGAGCAACUUUACAUUUGUAGCGAUAUAUGCUAUAACCUACUAAAUUUGGAAGAACCUGACAAAUUUAAAUUAAAACGCCAUUCAAUACGUGUGCGAAAUAUUGGCGCAACUUUGACAACACCUGUGGCGCCUGCACCAGGAGCUUUAACGACGGCCGUCACAAGUGCAAGCACAGCAGCUAAGACGAAAAGCACCCGGGAUACGGGUGUUGUAGCUCGCACCACCGCAGAGGCAGAGGCUGCACGUAUAGAGCGAAAUGCCAGUUUUUUGCGCCGAUGUGCAGAGUGUUUCAAUGAGGUGACGUUAGGUGACAAAAAUCUGCUCUGGGAAACAAUGGAUUUCUGUAAUGAGAUCUGUCUUGGCAAAUACCAACGUACAAUCGGUGCGAAUUGUCAAACGUGCCAUGGUGAAGUGCCACAUCCUGCGCUCGGAAAGUAUUGUGUGCGCUUCGGUUUCGACAUUCGACAAUUUUGCUGUGCUGCAUGCCUCAAUGAAUUCAAAAAGGGCCUAAAGACCUGUUCGUGUUGCCAGAAAGACAUUUCAUCGGGUAGCGAAGGAUUUCUCGCGCCUGUCGGUGAUAAAGAACAAUUCAAAGAUUUCUGUUCACAGGCCUGCAUGCGCCGAUACGAUAGCAUGUGUAAUCCAAAGAAGAAACUUCGCAAUGAUACUUGUGCUGUGUGCAACAAUGAUAAACCGGUGCGUGUCGAAAUCAUGCUGGAUGGCAAAGAACAUAAUUUUUGCUCAAAUCCUUGCUUUUCUGCUUUUAAAUUCGUAAGCAAUAUAGUCGCUGAUCAGUGCGCCAUGUGCUCUAAGUAUUUCGAACGCAAAGGCACCGAUUCGUUUACCAUUUAUACAGAAAGGCGGACUAAAGUAUUUUGUACACGAAUUUGCCUUAAUGUGUAUAUAAUUGUGAAUCGUCGUAUAGUCUCAUGUCAAUGGUGCAAAGUAAAGAAAUAUAAUUUCGAUAUGAUCUAUAAGCAACAAGACUCACAGGAAAUACUUAUGUGUUCCCUUAAUUGUCUAACGUUAUAUGGUGUGUCUAUUAAUGCGUUCUCCCGCACCGUUGCGAAUUGCGACAAUUGUAAUACUUCUGCCACACCGCAAUACCAUCUCACCAUGUCGGAUGCUUCAAUGCGUAAUUUUUGCACAUAUCAAUGUGUUAUGCAGUUUCAGAGUCAAUUUGCACGUGCACCGCUUACUUUGGAAAAUGAUUCACCAGCUACACAGCAAGCAGCUGCGGUGGGUCAACCCGCACCUAAUAAAAGCAAUGUACCAUUUCCCACAGGAUUGCCCAAAAGGGUCAAACUAAAGAUGCCACAGCAGUCAAAGCAGCCAAUACAGAUUAGACUUCCAACAAAAACAACAAGUAAAAAAGGGCCUACUAUGCCAGUUAUAUCAACCGUGUCGUCUUUAGCUAGUGGUGAAACGGAAACAAUGAUUGGAAGCGUUACAGUUCGUCGUGGGAGGGGCAGGGGACAAAAGUUGGAAUCACCUCCACCCAUCCAACAAAUGCCUGCACCGCAAGUUCGUACCGGACCCACCAGAGGCAGGCCAAGGAAGCAAGUCGAUUAUUCGGCAUCACCUUCACCUCCUCCACUGGAAAUUCCGCCAGCAGCUGUAAGAACUAUUGGGAAGCGUGCUCAAACUACAUCAGCACCCACUGUGGUUGAAAAGGUCGUAGCAGAAACAAGAAUUAUAGCCGUGCCGCCAUAUCCACCAGCAGUUCGCAAUGUACAAACCAGUGUUAAGCCACAAACUGUUACGGUUGGUUUCCAAACAACACCUAACACAACAAAUACAGCAUCACAAACUGGUAAAGACUAUUCUAAUAAAGUGUUAAUACCAGUGCCAGUGCCGAUAUAUAUACCACAACCAAUGUACAUGUACUCUGCACCAUAUCCGGUGCCAAUACCAAUUCCAUUGCCCAUACCAGUACCAAUUUUCAUACCGACUACACGAAAUUCUGCUCAGGGUAUAUUAAAAGAAAUCAAGAAGAUUCAAGAUAAAAUGCCUGCAGAUCCAUUUGAAGCCGAGUUGCUCAUGAUGGCCGAAAUGGUUGCUGAGGAAAAGCACGAAUCAGAUUCAGAUUCUGAAGAUGAGGUGAAAACUGAACCCAGUUUGGUACCAAUACAAUAUAGUAAUGAUGUACAACCAGUUGAGGUGGCGAAUAAUUCAUAUGGCGAAGAAGUACUGCAGAUGGCAUUGAAAAUGGCAACUGGUGAGUAUGAUCAACCAGCCGUUGACUUGGAAUCGGCAAUGUCGGCAAAUGAGAUCACAAACCCGCCACCAGGUAUGGUUGGACACGACGAUUCUAUGAGUCAUAUGAGCGCACACCAUAUGCAUCAACAGCAUCAUAUAAUGGAAACACAACGCAGUGGACGUGGCCGUAAACGUGGCGGUAUGACUUCGCCGGUAUCACCGCGCAGUAACAAUAGGUCGCCGGUGAAACGUUCCCGCAUCGAUAUAGAACCGGCCCAACCACCACCACAACCUGUUCAACCUGCAGAGAAACCCGACGCAAAUAUGUGUCUCAAAUACACUUUUGGUGUGAACGCGUGGAAACAAUGGGUAAUGACAAAGAAUGCCGACAUCGAGAAGAGUAGUACAAGGCGGCGACCAUUCAAAACAGAGCUGCUGCAAAUGACCGCCGACGAAUUGAACUAUUCGUUGUGUUUGUUUGUGAAGGAGGUGCGAAAGCCGAAUGGCACAGAAUAUGCGCCAGACACCAUAUAUUACUUAGUACUAGGUAUUCAACAAUAUCUAUAUGAAAAUGGGCGAAUAGAUAACAUAUUUACAGAUCCAUAUUACGAACGGUUUACCGAUUGCCUGGAUGAAGUGGCUCGUAAAUUCUCCGUACUUUAUAAUGAUUCGCAGUACAUUGUUACCCGUGUCGAAGAAGAACACUUGUGGGAGUGCAAACAGCUGGGCGCUCAUUCACCACAUGUUUUACUUAGUACACUAAUGUUCUUUAACACAAAACAUUUCAAUUUAACGACGGUGGAAGAGCACAUGCAAUUAUCAUUUUCGCACAUAAUGAAACAUUGGAAACGUUCGGCACAAAAUGCCAAAAUGCCCGGUACACGAAAUGUGUUAUUGCGUUUCUAUCCGCCACAAGCUGGUCUUGAUGCUAAUCCAAGAAAGAAGAAGGUUUACGAACAACAAGAGAAUGAAGAAAAUCCAUUGCGUUGUCCGGUCCGCCUUUACGAAUUUUAUCUCUCCAAAUGCCCGGAAAGUGUAAAAACGCGAAACGACGUAUUUUAUCUACAACCUGAACGCUCUUGUGUUCCCGAUUCGCCCGUGUGGUAUUCUACGCAAGCGCUCAGCCAGGAAUCAUUACAAAAGAUGCUGCACCGUGUCAAAAUGGUUAAAGAAAUCAAUAUUGCACUACUGACGAGUUAAUACGACGUGGCUUUACCAAGCAGCACCAGCAGCAGCACAAUUAGUACCAACACCACCAUCACUAAUAGUCAUAGCCGCAACCUUUCAAAUCAGCAUCAGCAUUCGGCGCUGCAAACGGCCAUAAACGCGUUGCGCUGUUUAUUUCCGCCAAUAGGUUAGACAAUGUGCAAUUCGUCGCGGCUCAACAGAAUAAAUGCAAACAUGUAUUCAUUAUCCCACACUUA